AUGUUUGUGAUAUUUCCAGCUGAUGAACUCAUUUUGAUGACAUACGGUCCCGCAAUACCGCGUCUAGCUUCACGACCAACACUCGAUUGCCUGCGCGAACCAGAAGUGCCCAUUGAAGUUCCACCAAGAUCAUUACCGCCAUCAUCCGCGGCCGCCAACGCCACUAGCAACGCUGCAACAAAUAACAAAAAACGAACAGCAAGCUUCAGUAGAAGUGCAACAAAAGCGGCCAACACCACCACUGCAGCAGCGCCCGAUUCAUCACCGAGGUCCGUCGUCAAUAGCGGCGAGCCCUCCGCUGCGCCAGUAUUCACCACCGCCUUCACUUACGAUCCCGCAGCGCCACCACAGUCGAACACAUCGCCAAACGCCUCGAACUCUCUACCACCGACUCCGAACCGGCGCACAUCGCGCACAUCCCUAACGCACUCUGCCUCGGCGGUGCCCACUCCAAACGCAACCCCCUCGAAACGCUCCAGUGAACGCAGCAACAAAAGCCAGCAGCAGCAAGAAGAGCAGCUACUCAAGCAUCUGCAACUGCAGAAGCAGCAGCUGCAACAGCAGUUGAAGCAGAAUAAUAUUUCACCUCGCAACACUUUGCCCAAUACAACAACAACAACAACAAGCACACAGAUGCAGAACAAUGCGGCCGGCAGUUCACAGUCGCUGCAAGGCCGACCGGGUGGCCAAAGACCUACACUCGAGCGUAGCACAGCAGUGCGCGGCACAACACCGCAACGUGGUAUGACGCCACAGCGCGGUGCAACGCCGCAGCUCAGUCACGAAUAUGAUCAAAUGGAUGAGCAUGCUAGCGGCGGCGCAUCGCUUGGCAGUGGCGGCGGUCAGUUGGUCGGUGCGCGCGAUCGCAGCCCAAGCAUAUUUCUCGAGCCACCCUCACCUGAUCCGACCCAGAUCGUUUACGGCCCUGGUUGGGGUCGACCCAUGUCGCCUAUGAAUUUGCCACCUGAACCGAAACCCAAGUCGCCGACGCCGAGCAAAUCAUCACGUUUGCGUCCUAAAUUGCACCUGCCACUCGGUCGCCUCGGCCGUUCUACCUCAACAGAUCAGCGUGAAUCAAAUCGGUUGAAGGAAGAUUUGCAACUACUUGUGGACAAUCCAGUAUUUAAUUGUGAAAAUUUACGGCAACGCAAUUUCGAUGCGUUCUUCGAAUCGGGCGAACCAAAGUAUAAGUUGCAGCCGAAGACGCCGAAUUCGGCGCCGACGGGGUCGCUGUCUAGCGCCAGUAGCCAGUAUUCGCCACAAAUGGAACCGCGCAGCCGUGAAGGCGGUGGUGGACUGUUUGCGCCCUCGCCCAAUGAAGGAAAGAUGGCAAUGAACUCGCGCCAGCGCUCCGCCGACCAGCCUGAGAUGCCGAGUCGCGACAGACGUGCGGCGUCCGUUAGUAGUGGUGUUGUGCCCCAGAAAGUGGCUCAGUUGGUGGCCACUGAGGUGAUUCAGUUGAAUUGCAACAUUGUCUAA